CACAGAGCAGAUCGCAUCAGGGAAGCCACACAGAGAGGGAGGAGAGACUGUGCUCUUGGUACUGGGAAGGCUCAGCAAACACCAGCACUGACCAUGUCUGACAGGAAGGCCGUAAUCAAAAAUGCUGACAUGUCUGAAGACAUGCAGCAAGAUGCAGUAGACUGUGCAACUCAAGCAAUGGAGAAGUACAACAUUGAAAAGGAUAUUGCUGCCUUUAUCAAAAAGGAGUUUGACAAGAAGUAUAAUCCAACUUGGCACUGCAUUGUUGGCAGAAACUUUGGCAGUUACGUCACACACGAGACAAAACAUUUCAUCUAUUUUUACCUGGGUCAGGUUGCUAUCCUUCUAUUCAAGUCUGGCUAAAAAAGAGGAUGAAACCAUGAACUGAUGCACUGACGGCUGAAGCCACAGUCCCUUUAAUGGCUAAACAGCUGCAUGGACUCUAUCUUCUGUGUAUAUGUAGCAGUAAACUUGCUUUCGUUUGCCUAAGGAGGCUUUUUUUUUCUUGUUGCUUUUUUGUGUUUUUUUUGUAUUGCACUAAAAAAGGAUAAAUGCUUUAACAGUGGCCUUUGAAAAAGAAUAAACUGAAAUGGUCCUAC